UCUUGUAUGUUUUUUAUCUGGACUUGUGAACAGAAGUAGAUUUGUAGAAGGUUGCUUUACCGGAAAUAUAAUUAAUUAGAACCUCUGCACAAGAACGUCCGUACCGUAAGCUGUAUAUCUUCGGUCAACGCAACGAAAUAAAUGAAUGUCCAAUGUAUAGAAAAGGAGAAAUCUUUUUACACGCGGGAAAUGCGUCUGUAUCUUCUUCGUGUGUGUUCCGGAUUCUGAAAUUUAAGUUAUAUUUAUAUUUUCUCGGACGACUACAGCGUGUAAGUCGAUCAUGGCACGCGUACACACGUCCCCGACAAUGGGAUCACGCGCGGGCCAUGCCAUGCUUCCGCAUAUUUGCGUCGCUUCCGAAUUUGGAAUUUCGCGUGUUGUGCGACGAUCCGGCGAGCUCAGUUCAAGCUCGACGGACCUUUGAUCGAGACCUAUCCGAAUCACGAUAGGUAACGAGACUAUUCCUCGCGCAAUAACGUCUACGUUUUAAUUACGAAGUGCGGGAGUAAUUAACGAUAAGGUUGUCUCAGACGUCGUCAUACAAUCCUCAACAGUGUGCAAAAAGAUUACUUAUUUUCUACACCUGGACAUUCAGAACAAAGCGACAAAAUUGUAUCGACAAAGAAUGUAUGGCUAAUUUAACGCCGGAGUUAAUGAAGGAAUUAAUUCCGCAAGUCGGAUUAAGAAUUAAAUUUCGUAAAAAAUGGCAAGAACAUUUUAAAACAACUGAAAACGUAACAUCUGAACGAGAUAAAAAUAUUAUUUCUGCACACGAUAAUGGUUCAUCAGAUGAAGAUUCUACCAAUAAAGAAAAUCGUUCAUUUCUGAAUGAACAAGCCACUACAUCGUCGUCGAUAUUUAGAAAGUUGCAACGACCAUCUGUUAAAGAUAUUUUAAAGGGCACAUCACAGGGACGCGCAAUUUUGAAGUCGUACGAGAAACAAAAAUUAUUAAGCAGACCAUGUCGAAAUAAUAUUGUGGAUUUAAUUUUGUCGGAAGUUUUAAAUAAUAUUCACGGGCCACUUAGAAAUGAAGAUUUUGAAGCAUUAUCCAAGGAAAUUGAAGAGUUAUUUCCAACAGAAACAUGCCACGGCUAUUAUAUUCCGCCUGUACCGAAGAAACACUCGAAAAAUAAUAAAUCUAUAACAUCACGUGGUAAACUGGUUGAUAAAUAUAGGAAUAAAAUACGAGAUUAUAAAAAACUAACAGGAUGUAGCUUGACAGACACCAGUUCUACAUCUCCUUCAACAUCUGCUUGUAAUAGCGACUUUGAAGAUGAUUCUGUGAUUCGCGAAAGCCUUUUGUGGCUUGAAAGUAAUCAGUCACCAUGGCAAUUAGUUGAAAAUCAUUGGAAAGUAACUGUGGCACACAGACGAAAUCAAAUACAAAAAUCUUCAAAUAAAACUAUUGAAGAAAUUUUUACUCAGUGGCCUAUUUUGAAACAUCCUACAGCACAUACAUUGAUUGACGAAGAUUUUACAUAUCUCAAGUUAACAUCAGAGGAUUGUAUAAAGAAUUGGUUUAACUUUUUUUCUAAAAUUCAGGAAAUUUGUCCUGUUAAAGAAGAAAAAAUUGUGAGCGAGUUACAUCUUCUACUCAAUGCAGAUGAUUUAACAGAUGACGCUAAAGUUGUAAUACAAGUUUUGUUGCUAUCUCAUCUCAUUCCUCCAAAAGGGAGAAUUCGCAUUAAAAAAGAACAUUUUAAACCAUCUAUAAGUGAAUGUAAAAAUAGCAUGAUAGUACAUGCAAAGAUACCUGGCGAUAUUAAUCGUAUUCAGGAAGAAAAAGUAAAACGAGCACAACAAUUAGGAUUAACUGUACAACCGUACAUAAUAGUUGUUGGUCUUACUCUUGCAGAUGUAAAUGGAUUCUAUGUUUGCAUAGAUAAGGUAUUAUAUGAAGUUACAACGGCAUUAAAAGCAGUGGAUUUAUGUUUCAAAAUAUUUCAUGUAUUUGAUGUUAAUUAUUCACCAGAAAGUGAGCACAUUUGGUAUAUACUGCAGCUUUGUCUUUAUAAGUUUUCUACAAAAUAUGAUAAACAAAUUUCAUAUGUAAUGCCAAUUAUUAAGAACUUCAACUCCAUGACAAAUUAAUCACUUUAUAUUAGAUGUAUUAUUUUAUGUUAUACUUAAAACAAUCUAUUAAUUAUUAUUUCAAUAAUUUUUUAAGUUAUUUUACUUAAAAAUAUUACUUAUUCCUUUAACUACAUAGACUACUAAACAUUAAAAGAGAUUAUUGUAUAAUUAUCUGCCAUAACAUGUAUAUCUGUUCGUUUUGCGAUAAUAAUUCUUUAACAGUCACAUGUCUCAUAGCACAUUUAAAAAUGGUGCACAACGCCUCACAUUCUACUUUUAUAUGUAAACAAGACAAUUGUAUGCGUACCUUCAUAAAUUUAUAUUCAUUUAAACGCCAUUUAAUGCUAAAACAUCCCAGUCAAAAUAAUACAAAUGUUUCUGUUAUAUCUGAACUGCAUUCACUAAAUAAUAAUUUGUCAGAAAUUUUAAUAACUGAUGACUUGUUUAAAAAGUACACUAAUGCUGAAGAUUUAUUAAGCACAGAGGCUUGCGAACAAAUAAUGAACGAUCCGUCAAUAACGUUAAAAAAAUUUGAUGAUAUAGUAACCAGAAACGCUGCUUUAUUUGUUUCAAAAUUAUAUUCGGAUAAUUCUUUAUCACGAUCGCUUGCACAUAAAAUAAUACAAUACGUAAGCAAUUUUUAUAAAUCAACUAUUGAAAUUAUUAUACAUAAAUAUGAAAGUACAGAGAGUGAACGAAAUGUAUCAUUUAGUAUAAAAUGUUGAUAUCGAUAUAAGUUAAGUAUUAAUGGGACCAUAUUUAAAUCUGGUAUGAGCAUAGAAAUAGGCACAAACGGUAUAUUUCGCUAUUUUGGUCUCAUUCAAUAUAUUAUAACAAAUACAGAUCGGUAUGUUUAUUAUGUUUAUAAAAAAAUGGAAACAUUACGAUUUUCUCAACAUAUACAUGCAUUCGAAGUCUUAGAAACAGAAGU